AUGCCUCACCGCGUCCCAAAGUUACCCCGGGCCAAGACCUCCGAGGUCCUCUGCAUGGGUGCUGCUGGCGUGGGUGUCCUGACGCCGCUCUAUCUCGUCAUGCCUGGCGCCGAGGAGCGCCUCGCCCGUCAGACGACAAAGUGGGCGCCUAGAUGGGAGCGCAACAUUACCUACUUCGCCCCUCCCGUCGAGCGCACCGUGCAACGCAUUGAACCCCCCAUCUCCAGGGCUGUCCAGCGUGUUGAGAGCCGCCUGCCACUUGAGAAGAUGGCCAAGCGCGUCGACAGCAGCAUCCGCAACGGCAUCGAUCGCUUUGGCCCAAAGGCUGGGCCCUCGUCCCCGUCAUCAUGA